CCUGCCGAGCGCAGGUAGCCCGCGGCGGCGCAGUGCAUGCCGGGGCUCGUAGUCCGUGAGGAGGGGAAGGGCAGUCCGGCGGUGCGUGGGGUAGAACGGCGCGGGCCGGGCCGGGCGGCAUGGACAAGCUCAAGCGGGUGCUGAGCGGCCGCGACGCGGAGGAGCCGAGUGGCCUGUCCGAGGUUAUCGAUGCAACAUCACUAGGUUGGGGGACCAGAGUGAAAGGCUUCAUUGCUUGUUUUGCAAUAGGGUGCCUGUGCUCGCUCUUGGGUAGUUGCCUCCUAUGGGUACCAAAGAAGGGGCUGACGCUCUUCGCAGUGUUUUAUACACUGGGGAAUAUUGCAUCUAUUGGGAGCACUCUUUUCCUUAUGGGACCAAUGAAACAGUUGAAAAGGAUGUUUGAGCCUACACGUUUGAUUGCUACUAUUGUUAUGCUAUUGUGUCUCGCACUAACACUGUGUUCUGCUUUCUGGUGGCGUAAGCAAGGACUCGCGCUCCUUUUCUGCAUCUUACAGUUUUUUGCCUUGGCGUGGUACAGCAUUUCCUUCAUACCAUUUGCAAGGGAUGCUGUGAAGAAAUGUAUUUCAGUCUGUCUGUCCUAACAGGAAUACUGGAUGCUUCACAAAGUUCUAGGAAGUAUAGUUGAACUAUGUUAGGAUCGCUCUGUAUGGAUUUUCCUACUUCUGUCUUCAACGUGUGCCUUUCAGCUUCUGGUUAGAGGCUCCUUGUGUUAAAUCCAGCAUAUGCAAUUGCUUGGUUUUGUAAGCAAUGGUGUCUGUGGGACAAGGUGUUUGACUAAAUUAACUUCAAUCUGGCAGAAGAACUGGGCAGAGAUCUGGAAAUUGUAAUGAUAAUUUGUAAGUAAAAUCAUGUAUUUGUUUGGUUUGGCAAAAUUAACAAAGUAAUAUGUGAAGUCUGUAAAGUGGAGACCUCAACACUGAUGGUACUAUGCCAGUCUAGAGGAUUUCUUUUUCAAGAAAAAGAAAUCAGUUGCCAACUGAUUUCUUACUGAGAACUUGUGGGGCUUUUUUCUAAUAACCUUAUGUCACUUAAUCUUUGCACUGUUUGCCUUGGAUAAUAGAAUACUGGUAUUCUUUCUUUUCCUGCCUCUCUUGCAAAAUUUUAGGUUUAUGGGACUUCUUACAGAUUUCUAAAUGAAAAGACUGUUUUGUAAUAAGUAUGAUAUAUUCCCAUCUUUAAUGAAGUAUUUAAUUUUCAGUUAGACUGAUAGUGUUUCCCUGAAAUAGAUGAAAGAGAUGUUUUCAUUUGUAAAAACUUGUUCCUAUAGGAAAAGCUUUUGCAAUAUAAGGUUAAUAGAACUUUUCAGCUGCUAGGAACCUGAGUUCUUUGCCUUGCUUAGACCUAGUGGCAAUAUAUACAAGGUUAGAAAUGGAACUUUUUCAGGUGAACCAAGGUGCUUCUCUUUUCCCCCAGCUGUAGCGUAGGAGCAGUGCAAAGCUGAGGGUAUGAUGGGUAAGCAAAGAAAGAAUUUAUGUAUGUCCUUCCUCAAAGGACAAACUAUGUUGGUAAGGUGGAAGUGGCUAUUGUUGAAGCAGUUUGGGCUGAGGAGAAGACACUUUUUUCUGAACUUGUAAAUAAGUUAAAACUCCAACUUUUUUUUUUUUUUAAGUGGGAUCAGUUUUGUCUUUCUUAAAGCUCUUGCAUACACUAGUGAACUUCCGCUUUGAGGAGAAAGUACACUUUUUCUGCUGCCUGUCUUACCAAAGAAUGCCUGUAACAAUCUAGCUGCCAGCUCCAAACAAAUGCUGAACAGUCAGUGUCCAAAUUCCAAGGCCACUCUACAUUAUCUUCUGCGCUAAGUAUAAUCAUUACUCCCAAACCAUUGCUGUGGCCAGUUGUUUAAUAUCUGAGCACAGAUUCCUGCUUCUGCUAUGUGGGAUACUGUUUAACUGGUUUCACCCUUCCUCUUACCAAACUGUCUUGCUGGAGUCAGUGUCUAUGAAGACGAUGACCCAAUGGGCUUUAGUAUGAACUGAAGCCCCCUUUCCUCAUCUUCCAAGAGUUUAGUCAUUUAACUGCAUUGUGUUUGCAUGCCAAUUAUAUCCCUGACUUGUACCACAAAGAUCUUAACGUAGGAAAAAUCUAGACCUACUUGAUGUAAAGUAUAAGCCCACAGUGAAGCCAAAGAAUUCUAUGGCUUCCAGAAAGUUGCUAGAAACUGACUUAAUUCAAUAUCUUAAACUCAAGUGUCCUUCUGAUAAUUUAUAAAGCACAGUACCAUCUGCUGUCAGGAUCCUCUUAAAAAAAAAAUGCCCUUUUGAGGGUAGUGUGAAAGGGAAAUUUUAACAGGCUUUCUGUGGAUUCUAGCUGGCUAGAGUUCCUGUUACAAAGGUAUUUGAAUGGAAAAUGCCACCUUGAAAACAUGGCACUGAUGUUGGGAUGAUGGGAUGAAUCAGUUAUACAGGGCGAUGUCCUGGUGCUUUCCCCCUCCCUGAGGAUUUGGAAGCUAGUAUUGAAAUAGCUAGCUUGACUAUUACUUUUGUUGAAAGGAAGAAUUAGUUUAAUGCCCAAGAGGGACUGGGAAGUAAAAAUACUGAUGCUUCUUUUUGCUGACUGAUCUAAGUACCUAAACUGCUGCGUGUCUUCUUUAUCAGGGCGUAGGUUCAAAACCUAAUUUGCAUCUGUCAAAGGACCUGUGUUAGUCUUUUAUUAGGACUUUGAUAAUGUUUACAGAAUUCCUUUGUAUAAGGGCAGUUGAAAUCAAACUCUAAUGCCUUUUACAUUCCAAUAUUUCUUUAGUUUUAACAUCUCUGAACAUUCCCGGAAAAUUCCGUAAGUACAGCAUAUACAUUUCUCCUUCCUCUUUCCAGGAAAGUAAUAUUAACUCCGUUCAUCAUUCCAGGCUCAUCAGCAGUCAACAUAAAGGAGUUUGAUUUAUGGGGUUCUUUUUAUUAAUAAAAACUCAGUUCACGAGGAGUAAAAGGCGUUUGCUUACUCCUUGACUAUCUUGUACAGGAUUGUGGUACCCUGACUCUAGCAGUUCCUCUGGUAGAGCACCAGAUUUGUGUAUGCUGAAUAUUUUUCAACUUGCAUACUAGCUAACUGGAACCUUUCAGCUACUUAUUGUGAGCAUAACCACUUAGAAUUAUGAAAUUUAGAAAGCUACCAAUAGAUAGUGAAUAAACUUUAAUGGAUUUCUGCCCCCCUCCUCCUUUUUAAAACUGUAAUUCCAGCUCCACAGUCUUCUAAGAGAGAAGAACAAAUCUUAAUUGGACUGCAUAGCACAUAAGGCUAAGCACCUGUGCCCAUAAAGGAGGGGGAGCCCAAGGGGAGAUGGCAAAGACAUAAGGAUCACCAGGGUGCCACUAGGGUUUGUGUUGCCCUUUGGUGUUGUGUUCUGUUCCUGUGAAGGUCAGACAUUAGGAGAGACCUGCCGUAUUCUUGCCAAUAUGUGGAAUAUACUCAGGGUUUAUCACUUCAUCUACAAGCGGUUUUGAUUUAAAAUAACUCUUCUCUAUCAGAACAAAACUCUUCAGUUUCUUACUCACUUAUAAUUAGUUGUGUUCAGGCUAUUGCCAAAUUUAGCAGCAAAAGAUUUUCCACUUCAUUAAAAUACAUAAUGAUGGAGUAAACUAGUAUAUAGGUGUUCCUUUUUGAGCAGUUUCAAUCUGAAUUAGAUUAUACCAUAUUUUGCCAUUAAAACUACUUUGUGUUAAGUUUUGAUAUCAUCAGCUUUGGUUAUCUGCUUGGCAAGAAGCAUGGUGGGCAUUUCUGAAGCCCUCUCUAGCUUUCUGUCUUAAUGUCCUUCAAGGCAGGAGUGUUUGUUGUGUGCGCUAUGCUGCAAACAGAGACAUUUGUGUUUUAAAUCACAAAGCUCCUUCUUUCCCAAAGUUCUUGCUGAGUUGCCUACAGCACUUAAGGCUGACUUUUCUAAAGAAACUUGUGUGAUGUUGGAUGGCAUUCUCAGUAGGAUUUGGUGUUCUACCAGGAAGUGCCCAGCCUCACUGUUGGUCAGCUUGCCUGUCCCCUUUUUUUUACUUUUUGCAGUACAGAUAACAUAACCUUAACCAAGCAGCCUUAGCAUAAAGUUCUAGCAUGAAGUGUGCAUAUGUGGGAUCAGCUGACUUUACAGAUAGAGUAGAAAUGGAAACAGGGGGUGGUAGUCAUCUGUUCCCAAAGUACUGAUAUACUAAACAUGAAACUACCCGAUGUUUUUCAUGACUUCAAAGUUUUGCUCUGUUUUACAUGGUGAAGUCUAUUGUCAAUACUGGUACUAUCUGAGAUGGUUCUACAGUGAUGAUGUUAACCAGUUUCAUCUCUUUUAGUAUCUACUGUAAUAAGAUUGUUCAUGAGUUGUUAGAAGAAAUUUCUGCACCAAGUUGGAAAUCUUUUAAGAAAUAAUGUUUAAAAAAUUUUUUUAAAAGUGUGUUAGGCUUUAUGCAUGAAUACUUAUUGUGCAAGCUGGGGGCUCAGCUGUGGCCUGGCCUCCAGCAAGGUGCAGGUUGACAGGCCUGAAUCAGUCAUCACUUUUGGGUUGAUUGCAGCCAGCACGUGGUGCAUUGGAGGCUCCUGCACUGCUGCGUAGGUGCCAUCUGGCACUCGUGUUCUGGGAACUGCCUUGCAGAGCAGCACGGGCACUGGAAGCUCAUCCCCUUUUGCUGUGUGUUACGAGAUCGGAAGAGCCUCUCUUGAGUUUCUGAAAACAGUCCUUGCCUAGUGUUGGUACUUAAUCAUGUUAAUGAAAGUAAGAUCACUGUUGCUAUUGCAGACUAUCAAAACUGAGGAGGAUGAUGGUUAAACACACAUUUGUCUUAAAUACUGAUGUUUACAACCGCAGCAAAUACUGACCAUGUAGGACAGAAAGCACACAAAUGGUGUAUAUUCUUAAAAUCACGUGCCUCACUGUUAUUGUGACAACACUAAUUUUUUUUUUAACUGCUGUGGAAUUCUUUUGUAAAAUAAAAACCAAACUCAGAAAUUCUUCACAAUGUUUUAGACUGUUACUGAUUCUGUUUCCUGUUGUGCUUUUUCUAUGUAUUUACACUGAUUUCUACUUUAAACAACUUUCUUCCUAACUUACAACUUUCUCUGUAAUGAAGUGAAAUCUUUACUUACAAGUGUUGUAUUUUUUUUCUUUCAAUAAAGUUGUAAUUGCAUUAAA